GGCCUUGUGGGUAACGCAGGGCCGCCAGGUGACAGCUAAUGGCGGCGGCCGCCUGACGCGAAUGGUCGAGCUGCGGAGCGGGGCGGCAGGGGGCGCGUCGGGGAGCCUGGCCGCCGCUGCACUCCGGACUGUGGCUCACCGGAGGCGCCGGGCUUGACGCGUCAUGGACAGGCCGGUGGCGGCGGCGGCCGCCGCAUCAGCGGCGAGCUGCGAAGGCGCUGGGGCCCCAGGGCCAGGGCCGGGCGCUGGCUGGAGACCCUCUCGGGUUGCGGGGGCCACCUCAGCCAGCUCCCGGCAUCCCAGCAUGGAGACUCUUGACAGUCCUACAGGGUCACAUGUUGAAUGGUGUAAACAGCUUAUAGCUGCUACAAUUUCUAGUCAGAUUUCAGGUUCAGUGACAUCAGAAAAUGUGUCAAGAGAUUACAAGGAGCUAGAGGAAGAACACAAUGGCUACCCUUCUGAAGCUGAAGCUGAUCAGGCUCUAAGAGAUGGAAAUAAACUGGCACAGAUGGAAGAAGCACCACUUUUCCCAGGAGAAUCCAUUAAGGCCAUCGUGAAAGAUGUCAUUUAUAUCUGCCCAUUUAUGGGAGCAGUGAGUGGGACUCUGACAGUGACGGACUUUAAAAUGUACUUCAAAAAUGUGGAAAGGGACCCACAUUUCAUCCUUGAUGUUCCUCUUGGAGUAAUCAGCAGAGUGGAGAAGAUUGGUGCACAGAGCCAUGGGGAUAAUUCUUGUGGUAUAGAAAUUGUGUGCAAGGAUAUGAGGAACCUGAGACUUGCAUAUAAGCAGGAAGAACAGCGAAAACUUGGGAUAUUUGAAAACCUCAACAAGCAUGCUUUUCCUCUUUCCAAUGGGCAGGUGCUAUUUGCAUUCAACUAUAAAGAAAAGUUUCCAGUUAAUGGCUGGAAAGUUUAUGAUCCAGUGUCUGAAUAUAAGAGACAGGGCUUGCCAAAUGAGAGUUGGAAAAUAUCCAAAAUAAACAGUAAUUAUGAAUUCUGUGAUACCUAUCCUGCCAUCAUUGUUGUGCCAACUAGUGUGAAAGAUGAUGACCUUUCAAAAGUGGCAGCCUUUCGAGCAAAAGGCAGAGUCCCUGUGUUGUCAUGGAUUCACCCAGAAAGUCAGGCAACAAUUACACGUUGCGGCCAGCCACUAGUGGGUCCCAAUGAUAAACGCUGCAAAGAAGAUGAAAAAUACCUGCAGACAAUAAUGGAUGCUAACGCACAGUCACAUAAACUUACUAUCUUUGAUGCCCGACAAAACAGUGUUGCUGAUACCAACAAGGCAAAGGGUGGUGGAUAUGAAAGUGAAAGUGCUUACCCUAAUGCAGAACUCAUAUUCUUGGAGAUCCACAAUAUUCAUGUGAUGAGGGAGUCACUUCGUAAAUUAAAGGAGAUCGUGUACCCUUCAAUUGAUGAGUCACAUUGGCUAUCCAAUGUGGAUGGGACACAUUGGCUGGAAUAUAUACGGGUUCUCCUUGCUGGGGCAGUGAGAAUUGCUGAUAAAAUAGAAUCUGGGAAAACUUCUGUGGUCAUCCACUGCAGCGAUGGGUGGGAUCGAACAUCCCAGCUCACAUCUCUGGCAAUGCUGAUGUUGGACAGUUAUUACCGGACCAUUAAAGGAUUUGAGGCUCUCAUAGAAAAGGAGUGGAUAAGCUUUGGACACAGGUUUGCACUGAGAGUGGGCCAUGGUGAUGACAACCAUGCAGAUGCUGACCGAUCACCUAUAUUUCUUCAGUUUAUUGAUUGUGUUUGGCAGAUGACAAGACAGUUCCCUUCAGCAUUUGAGUUUAAUGAAUUAUUCUUGAUUACAAUUUUGGAUCACCUCUAUAGUUGUCUUUUCGGGACCUUUUUGUGCAACUGUGAACAACAGCGCAUCAAAGAGGAUAUAUAUACAAAGACUAUAUCAUUAUGGUCUUAUAUCAAUAGCCAACUAGAUGAAUUCUCAAAUCCCUUCUUUGUGAAUUACGAGAACCAUGUGUUGUAUCCUGUUGCUAGUAUGAGUCACUUGGAAUUGUGGGUAAAUUAUUAUGUACGGUGGAAUCCACGGAUGAGACCACAGAUGCCAAUUCAUCAGAAUCUCAAGGAGCUGCUGACUAUCAAGGCUGAGCUGCAGAAGCGGGUAGAGGACUUGCAUCGGGAGGUGGCCACACGGGCCAUCUCAUCCUCCUCUGAGAGGGGCUCCUCACCUACCCACUCAGUUACUCCAGUACACACCUCAGUCUGAUGAACAAAGCCAGUGUCCCUGGCCUUCCUGCUGCUCUACCGUCUUCCAGCAGCUCAGGGACCUGGCCAUUGAUGUUAUGGUUCUGGCUUGUCAUCUUAGCUCUUAGGAUUAGGCCCAGGGACCAUUUGUGGGUGGUGAAAGCUCCUAUUAUUAACAAGUACUUCUUUUGUGUGAACAGCCUGUGACCCUUUUGAGGGCAGCCUCACCCUGUGAACCACCUUUGUCUUGUAAAGGUAGUUUGGGAGAAACUAGAUUGAAUGCAGUGCGAUAUUUUAACUUAAGAGAACCUGACAUCACUUCUUUCCAAGUUACAUCCUUUGUUAUGAACAACUCGUUUACUUAUAGAACACAUAACCAGCCAUGUGGCUCCUCUCAGCCUUUUGGCACAAUUUAAGAACUGCUUGAAAUGAAAUGUUAGUGUGGCAAAUGAACCAUUGCCACCUGUUCUACAGCUAUCAGUUAUCUUCAUGCAAGAAGUCCUCCUGUACAAUUGGUACAAUAUGUCCUGCUGUGUACAUACAAGGUAUUUUUUAAAGAGAAACAUGCCUUUAUUUUCCUACGUCCUUUUUUAUGUUUAGAAUAGUUGUCUGAGGAAUCAUCUGCUAAACUGUGCUAUAUGAGAAAUUCUUUCCCAAUGGAGUCCAUGCUGCCUUUUGUGUGGUACAUUUGAAUUAAGAUUUGAGAUGUGUCAUCUCAGUGGCAAUGUAGUAUUGUCCUCUAACUCUGGUACUUGUCUUUUGAGGUGGCACAGCCCAUUCAUUCAUUGGAGAUAGCAGGUUCCCUCAGGAUGCCAAAUUAUGAAUGCUCAAUCCUCUGGCCUUGUUGCAGGCAAACUGAAGACUCAGGCAGCAACUCUGUGCGUUCGUUGGCCUCCCUCUAUUACAGCUCUCUAAAGGAACAAGUCUUGAAAAUUGCUUUGGCAUCCUACCCAAGAUGCCCAGCACUGAUGUCUUCUUUCACCUGUUAGACACCCGGACAGCUUGUUUUCAUUCAUCAUGAUCUCUUCUCAGUUGAUUACAUGAUUGCCUGUCCAUACUUUAAGGCACUGCAGCUUGGGUUGGAAAGCAUAGCAUGCAAAUUUUCCUUGGUUUUCCCCUCUUGGAGCCAGCCUUGGCUAGGCAGGCCUCUUUCCACAGUUAACAGAUUUGAGCUCUGGUAUUUCAUCAGUCCUUCUAGGGAUGAACUUCCCAUCAGCUUCAAUGUGUGCAGUGCCAGCAUACCCACCCCCACCACCAUGCCCAUUUCUGUGUGUCACCAGGCCCUUCAGAGUUGGAGAUGUGUUUGAGGCUAACUGAUUCAGCCCCUGAGGACAGAUGGAUCACAUCUUCCUCUUGUCAGUGUCAAAUCACUGGAUGCUAUGCAGUCCUAACAUUGACCUCGAUUUUCAAGAUGUAUUCUUAAAAGUUUUUUUUACAGCCAAAUGCAUAAAAAAUAGAUGAUUUUUCAACUUGGAACCUUCUGAUUGUUACAGAAAACUAUCCAACCAUAACAUAACCAGAGACAUUUAUUCAAGGAAGUUUGAUAAGUUAUGAUCAAUUCUCCAUUUUUAUCAUCUGGGGGAUUUGUUUCUAAACUACAGUUUAAGUGAUAGUAGCUUUUGAUUUGUGUUCAUCAUAGAUACAAAACCUUAUUUGUAAAUGGAUAAACUGCCAUAUCUGAGGUAGGAGAAGCUGUGAGUUCAGGGUCAGCUUUGGCUACAUACUGAGUUCUGGGACAGCUGGCCUAUAUUGUGGAACCUUGUCUCAAAAAUCAAUACCAAAAAAAAAAAAUAACAUGAACUAUAAUAUUUUUUCUUCAUAUACUUUUUUAAAACUGGGGACAUUUACCAACUUUUCCCAGAAAUACUGUGUAAUUUCCCAGUGACACCAGUACUAUUGAACACAGAGUGGAUGAUGUUUUGACAGAACCAGAGAAGCCAUGGGGACUGCUGCUUGGUGAGGUCAGGUAGCCUGGUCCAGAUGGCUGGUGAACUGGGGAUCUGGCUCCUGGUCGAGCCAUGUCCUCCAAGCUGCAUGCCUGCAGCACCCCUAAAAAUGUCAGCACCACUGGAUUUUAAAGAAGCACAACAGAGUAUUUCCCUUUGUAUUUCCCUAGCACAGAACUAUUUCUAAAACAACUUGAAGUAUAGUUUUCUUAUCCAAGAAAUUCUUUGAUCUAUGUUUUAUUUAAGUCCUAGAAUGUAAAACCUUUAAGGUUCAGGUUUUUAAACGAGUACAAUACUGUAUUUGCCUCAUCUGAUGCACUGUAUUCCAACCUGUAAUUAAAAUGGUAAGAUGUUUGCUCCCCGG